AUGACUGAUUGGAAUAAAUUAAAGGUCGUUGACCUGAAGGCAGAGUUGAAGAAACGAGGCCUUCCACAAACCGGUCUCAAACCUGCUCUUGUCGCUCGACUUAUAUCUGCAGAAAACGAAAAUGAGUCGGAAAGUGACAUGACAAUCCAGGAUGAUGCGAGCAAAAUAAACCCAGAUUCUACAUCUCCAGAUACGAUUUCACCCACACAGACAUCUUUCGAGCCUGGCACGGAGCCCAGACCUGACAACACAGAAGAAUCGCAAGAAAGCACAAUUCCUCAAGAUAGUGAAUUGCAAACGUCACCUCCUGAAAUUGUCGCAGAGCAACAAACGGAUCAGACUAUUGAGCCUGUCGAUUUGGAGGAGGCGGCGACUACGUCAACUUCUGCUACAGAUGAUAAGCAACUCCCCUCAGAGGGAACAAAGGAGGAGGAGAAUAUUCAACCCGCACAACCGAUAGAUACGACAGAGUUCUCUCUGCCUCCUUCGCAAGCCACAUCUCAACCACCCGAACAAGCUGAGGGUAAUCGCUCUGCUGAGCUAUCCGUGGAACCGCGAGAAGCGAUUGAAGAUCGACAAAAGAGAAAACGCAGGUCACAAAGUCCAGCGCCUACAACCACCGAUAUUUCUCGAAAACGAGCUCGACCAAGCGACAGUAUCGAAGAAGUUGCGACUUCCAAUGAGGAUGCACAAUGGGUGGAGAAACACAAUGCGGUUGACACGGGCGAAGUCAACGUUGAAUCGAAGGAGGUGACAAUGGGUGAAGAUGGACCUUUGAUUGUUGAUAACUCUAAAGAAGAAGUGAUAGUCGAACAGGCAGUUUUAAAUACAAAUGAGGAAGAAGCUAGUAAAAUGGAUAUCGAUAUCGAAGAGCCUCAGCCUCGUGGUGAACUCGUGACAGCUUCACCAGAAGUCUCACGGCCACGCGAUUCGAGAUUCAAAAAUCUAUUCUCCUCUCCACAGAAGCCGAAUGAUGAUACAGAAAUGCGACAUUAUUCGCAAGAGCCUAUAGAGGAUGAAGGAUCAUAUAAUCCAAUUACUCCCGCCAUUCAUCCUGCAACUUCAGCUCUAUAUAUUCGCAACUUCGUUCGACCACUUCAAGAACCUCGACUUCAUGAUUAUCUCACAACUUUGGCUACUCCACCUGGCAGUGAUCCAGAUCCAGAUGCGAUUUUACAUUUUCACAUCGACCGCGUCCGUACUCAUGCGCUCGUUCAAUUCAAAACGCUCUCUGCCGCAGCAAGAGUUCGCAGCGUAAUGCACGAUCGUGUCUGGCCUGAUGAGCCAAAUCGCAAAGCAUUGUGGGUGGAUUUCAUACCAGACGAAAAAGUUAAGGAAUGGAUCGAUCAAGAACAAGCAUCCGGACCUGGGCGGAAUACGAAAAAGUGGGAGGUGGUCUAUGAGGAGAUAGAAAAUGACGGUGAUCGUCAAGUUACUGCUAUCUUGCAGGAAGCUACGGGAGAUCAUCAAGUGAUGUCUGCCAGAAAGCAAUCAAUUCCAUUUUCCGCGCCGACAGGGCCAUCAAGGGGCAUCGAGGGAGCACCAUCUGGACCUAGGAGCUUCGGUGGUCCAAGAGCUGCACCUAUGCGAAACUUGUCAGAGCUUUUUAAAUCUACUACAACACAACCAACGCUGUACUGGCAGCCAGCAUCAGAAGAAUUGGUCAAUAGGCGACUAGAUGCGAUUGCGGCCAUUACCACUAAGGAUACUCUACGUCAUACUGGACAAGACAUCAACAGAUAUACAUUUGAGGAUCAUGACAGAUUUGUUGAUCGUGGAAAAGAAAUCUUCGCGGGUAUCAGACCUCCAUCUGGUCAUCGAGGACCGAGAAAUCAGCGUCCAGGACGUUAUCAAGGUAGAGGUGGGGGCGGUGGUCGCGGGUACGGAUAUGGAGUUAGGGGAGGUGAUCGAGGCUACGAUCGAGGUUAUGAUAGAGGAUCUUAUGACAGCUACAGAGGGCCACCCCGGGAUCAAGAUAGACGUUACUGA